GGCCAAGAUGGCGGCCCUCAGGGUGGCGGUGCCGGUGCUGGCGCUGCUCGGGCUGUGCCCGGGCCCCGCGGCCGCCGCCGCGCCCCUGGUGAUCUGGCACGGCAUGGGAGACAGCUGCUGCAAUCCGGUGAGCAUGGGCUACAUCAAAAAACUGGUGGAGAAAAAAAUCCCGGGGAUUUACGUCCUGUCGCUCAAGAUCGGGAGCAGCCUGAUCCAGGACAUGGAGAACAGCUUCUUCAUGAAUGUCAACGAGCAGGUGAGCGAGGUGUGCAGGCAGCUGGCCCAGGACCCCCAGCUCCAGCGAGGCUACAACGCCAUGGGCUUCUCCCAGGGAGGCCAAUUCCUGAGGGCUGUGGCCCAGAGGUGCCCUGCUCCUGCCAUGCUCAGCCUCAUCUCCAUUGGAGGACAGCACCAAGGUGUUUAUGGAUUCCCUCGCUGCCCUGGGGAGAGCUCCCACCUCUGCGACUGGAUCCGCAAAACCCUGGACCUGGGGGCCUACAGCAAGGCAGUGCAGGAGCACUUGGUGCAAGCAGAGUAUUGGCAUGACCCACUGAAGGAGGAGGAAUACAGGAAAAACAGCAUUUUCCUGGCUGACAUCAACCAGGAGAGGGGCAUCAACGAGACCUACAAGAAAAACCUGAUGGCUCUGAAGAAGUUUGUGAUGGUGAAAUUCCUCAAUGAUACCAUGGUGGACCCUCCAAUCUCUGAGUGGUUUGGGUUUUACAAAAGUGGCCAAGCCAAGGAGACCAUCCCACUGCAGGAGACCUCACUGUACAAAGAGGAUCGCCUGGGGCUGCAGGAGAUGGACAAAGCAGGGAAGUUGGUGUUCCUGGGGGUGCAGGGGGAUCACCUGCACUUCUCAGAAGAGUGGUUUGACAGCACCAUCCUCCCCUUCCUGCAGUGAAGCUCCCUGGGCAGGGCUUUCACUGUAACCAACACCAGCCACUGUGCACAGCACUCAGUGCAUCCAGGCCUGCAGGGACUUGGGGAGGGGAACACGAGGGGCUUUGGCUCAGGGGGCUUUGCCAGGGUGGAAUUGCACUCCCAGCUGGGCUGAGCCUUGCCCUGACUCUGCCCCAGGCCUGGUGAAUCCACCCCAGUGCUCAGAGCUGCUCUCCACCCCCAGUUCCUGCAGGGCACCCUGGCAGUAUUAACCCAGCUCACUGGUGCAAGGCUCUCAUGGCUGUAGGCAGGGCAAUCAUGUCACAGCCCCUGCUUCAGCAGGGGGGAAAAGGCCAAAUUUAGGGGUUUCUGGGAAAAAAAAAAGGGUUUAGAAUUCAGCAGUAUUAACAGCUUGAACAGUUUUCAACUAAUGGCUUGGUUUAUGUUCUUUUGUACAACUGAAAUCAAUAAAGAAGUUGCCAUCUAACCAACUAAAUAAAAGCUUGGACAACUGCUGACUGUGUUUGGAGGGAGCUGAGGAAAUUCUGGGAAUAUUCCAAUGAAUCAAGGCAGGGUCAGGCAGAGAGGGGGAACUUGUCCUGCCUGAGCUCACUUGUGCCCCCAAAAAUGAGACAAGAGCCACAGUAAUGAGCAAGUUGGCAUUAACUUUAUUCUAUCUUCUGUAUAAUCUUAAGUACAUAAGAAAGGUUUUUUCACAAGCCUCAGGAGAAGACAAGUACAAGUCACAGGACAGUUUCAAAAUAAAAAAAAAAUUGCAUAA